GCGUAAAAGAGAUCGCUCUCUGAGGUCUUAAUUCUUGGUAUCUCCACGCGGUACUCCUUCUAGUCUCUUCUCUCUCUGGCCCUGGGCCUCCUGAUCUCGCCCUCUCCACUCCUCCGCACCGCCCAGACACAAAAAACCCCUAAAUUUUGCUCUCUUUUCGCCGUGCGAUCGCCCUUGAUCUCGGAGGAAAUUUCUCUGGGAUCGUGGAAUUUGGAUUUCCGAUCAGUUCUUCUUGCUUGGUUUUUGAUAUCGACCCGCCGAGAUGGCCUACGGCGAUCGUCUGACGACCUUCGAGGAUUCGGAGAAGGAGAGCGAGUACGGAUAUGUCCGCAAGGUCUCUGGGCCAGUUGUUGUGGCAGAUGGAAUGGGAGGUGCUGCCAUGUAUGAAUUGGUUCGUGUUGGUCAUGAUAACCUUAUUGGUGAGAUUAUUCGGUUGGAGGGAAAUUCAGCUACCAUUCAGGUUUAUGAAGAAACUGCUGGUUUGAUGGUAAAUGACCCUGUUUUGCGAACCCAUAAGCCUCUUUCCGUGGAGCUGGGGCCUGGUAUUUUGGGCAAUAUUUUUGAUGGGAUUCAGCGCCCUCUAAAAACUAUUGCUUUAAAGUCUGGUGAUGUCUACAUUCCUCGUGGUGUUUCUGUCCCUGCCCUUGACAAAGAUACAUUGUGGGAAUUUGAGCCUAAGAAAUUAGCUGUUGGAGAUCUUCUUACUGGUGGAGAUCUAUAUGCUACUGUUUUUGAGAACACUUUAAUGCAACACAAUGUUGCACUUCCGCCAGGUUCCAUGGGCAAGAUCACUUAUAUUGCCCCUUCUGGUCAUUACAGCCUGAAGGAUACAGUACUUGAGCUUGAGUUUCAAGGUGUCAAAAAGCAAUUCACAAUGCUUCAGACAUGGCCAGUGCGGACACCAAGGCCUGUUGCAGCAAAGCUUGCUGCUGAUACACCUCUGUUAACAGGGCAGCGUGUGCUUGAUGCCCUUUUCCCUUCUGUUCUUGGGGGCACUUGUGCUAUACCUGGUGCGUUUGGCUGUGGAAAAACAGUUAUCAGUCAGGCACUGUCAAAGUACUCCAAUUCUGACACGGUGGUUUAUGUGGGCUGUGGAGAAAGAGGAAAUGAAAUGGCUGAGGUGCUUAUGGAUUUCCCCCAAUUGACAAUGACUUUGCCUGAUGGCCGUGAAGAAUCUGUCAUGAAACGGACUACACUUGUGGCUAAUACUUCCAAUAUGCCCGUGGCUGCUCGAGAGGCAUCUAUUUAUACAGGAAUUACUAUUGCUGAAUACUUUAGAGAUAUGGGCUACAAUGUUAGCAUGAUGGCUGAUUCCACCUCUCGUUGGGCAGAAGCAUUGCGUGAAAUAUCAGGCCGACUGGUCCCAGAAAUUUGAAGAUCCCGCAGAAGGUGAGGAAGCCCUUGUUGGAAAGUUCAAGAAAUUAUAUGAUGACCUCACUGCUGGGUUCCGUAAUCUAGAAGAUGAAACACGGUGAUGUACUAUUAUGUAUAAUCAGAGAUGAAAGUGAUGAGGUAGUCUGUCUCUACAUUACCUGGUCACUUGGACGAUUUUCAGCAGCAGUUUGGUUUCUUCUGUAGCAUGUGCAUACACAUCAUGCUGCUAGUCUAUGCCUCAAAGUUUUGCAUAUCUUUGGACAUUUUAUGUUUUCAUAGACCUGCCUUUUUGGUUAUUCUAGUAAGGGAGGCAGAAGAUCGCCAUUUAUAUGUUCUCUUGUAAUAAAAGGUGGAUGUAUUGAUAAUUUCAUAGCUCAAUUAGUCCAUCUAUUUCAACUGCAACCAUUUUGAUGGGUUGUUGCUGAUAGAUUUUAAUGUAUCUCAGACUUCAAAGCCAGCCCUGGUUCUGGUGAUUCAUUUUUUAUCUUGGCAGCCUCAUUACUUUUCUGAA